AGACGAAGAGCCUGCGAACGAAUAUCCCGUUGACGCCUCCGCAGACUAGUCUACGGAGUACAUGGUCAGACUUUCGCUGGCGAACCGUCGCUUUGACAUUGAUCUCAAUGGUUCCAUUGAUCGCCGUGGGUUAACUCAAGAGCUGUCUACCCAGAUCUUUUAUCCGCGACGAGUGGCGAGGCUGUCCUCCGUCGCACCGUAUACUUUACCGUCCACCCUUGUUGCCAAAGACGUUAUUCCUGCUCAACCCCAGCGUUCGUCAACUCAAACGCUUGCUUGCAGUCGAGUUCUAGUCUGAUUUCAAAUCUUCUUCGAAGUUUAUCCGCUGGCAGAAUAUUACCACGACCUCGAAAUUGUUUUUUUUAUUUUUUUUUUUUAUUUGUUUUUGCUUGCUCGAACUUUUCUUGCGACUCAAGGAUACCUGUUUAGUCAUAGUCGUCGGUUUAUGUCUUUAUCGCCGUUUCGUCGAGGCUCGACCUUGUCUCACUCGGGACGGAUUCGGCAGCAGAAUCGAAGAAACAACUAGGGCCGCUCUGCGCUAGGGGAGGGAGUUCCUAAUUGUUUUUAUUAUUAUUGUCAUUAUUUUCCCCCUUCGUUCCGCGAUGGCAUUCCCUUCCUCAUAUCAUCACGGAGACUCAGACGCGGACGACGAAUACGAGAGGAGCAUUGUCGUCUCACCCCGCCUCGCCGACGACUCUGAAGCAUCUCCUACCGAUUCCGAACCCCCCUCUACUGAAAAUACACCCACGGCUUUUGCAAACAUGCCCGACGAUCGCACAUCACCGACAUCCUCGAUAACGGAGUGGUCUGCGGAGGAGUGUGCGAAUUUCGCUUCGAGUCUUGGCUUGAAACAAUACCGUGAUUCGUUCAUAGAAAAUGAGAUUGUUGGAGAGGCACUUAUCGCACUGAGACACGACGAAUUGAAAGAGCUUGGAAUAUCCAGUGUUGGCCAUCGAUUAACCCUGUUAAAAAGCGUAUACGAGAUAAAGGUUAAGCAAGGAGUGCCGUUCGACUCGGACCAUUAUGUCCCUUUGUCUGCCGAGCAGAGCAAUGCGAAGGAGGUAGCCACACAGGAGGAUGUUGCGCUUCUUAUAAGGACUAUUCGGAAACGGGAUGAGAGACUCGCAGCGGCGGAAGCAGAGUUACGGAAAUUGGCGGAUGACUACCGAAGGCUCAGAGAGGAACUGCUACCGGUAUUCAAGAUGGCCAAGGACAGGUCGCAGCCGUUACCAUAUCAACCAACCUCAUCCUUCGGAGGUUCUACACUAUUAUCGGAUCAAUGCAUCCACGACCAACCCGCUACUUCCCCCUCGAUAAAUCAACCGGAGAAAACAGGCACUAGCCUCUCUAGGUCUUUUUCAAAGAAACUUUUUGCCGGAGGAACCACCCCCAAAACCAGCUCACCGACACAUAUCCCGCAGUCUAUACCAGAGGGCAGGACAUACACAGACACAUCAACUCUCGAUCCAUCUGCGGCAGCGAUGGCUGCCUCCUCUCAUCUGACGGCUUCCAUGAACGGUGGCCAGCCCUCGCCCAAAGGUAUCCCAUCACCUACCUCUCCCGCUAGCUUCUAUCCACAACAAACCCUUGCAUCCCGAUCAUAUUCCCGCGAGACCUCAAGUAUCAACCGCUCCUACGACCAUCCAGAAGACCCGCAAUCACAACAGCGACAAGAUCGCCCUACACCAAACCAUCCAAACUCCAACAGCAAUCCUCCCAGCUCACGCAACCCCAACGAUGCCGCAGGCCCCAGUGUCGAGAUAUUCAAAUCCUUCCGGGUCUCCAUGGACGAUCCAUGUUACAAAGUUCUCCCUGCCGCCCUUAAGAAAUACAACAUACACGAAGACUGGCGACACUACGCCCUUUAUAUUGUCUACGGUGAUCAAGAACGCUGCCUUGGCCUUGAAGAGAAACCCUUAAUUUUAUUUAAACAAUUGGCCGGUGAUGGCCAGAAACCUAUGUUUAUGUUGAGACGACAGACACCGAUAAGCGACAGCACAGCAACAAAUAUAUAUCCCGGGGGUGGAAUUGGUAUCCCGCCGGGAAGUGCCGGUAUUGAAGGGGGAGGAGGAGGAAUUGGUAGGCCACAACCCGGGGCGAUUCAGCUACCCGGUGGUGUAUUAUGAUGCCUUUCGGGGUUCCCACCCUGCCCGUUUCCUUUCUCCUCAUCCGUCAUUUACGGUAUUUGGCUUUAUUUACGUAAUUCAGAUCUCUCCUACUUCACCUGGAAGAAGAAGAAGAAGAAGAAGAAGAAGAACAAGAGUUGGUUUUGGUCCUCAUUUAUUUUCAUUUUCAUUUUCUCAUCUCUUUUUUCUUUUUGUUGCAAAGGCACUUCCCGUUUUCAAUUAGGUUGAUGUAACUACAAUUUUUUACGGUUUAUUCAUAGGCAUAUUUGAAAUAUCUACGUUUGGGAGUGGAUAUGUUGCCGG